ACGUAUGAGCUCACUUCCUGCCUGCUUGGUGGCUUCCUGCGGCGAGCUCACGCUCUUUCUCUUUUCCGCUGCCUGUCCGCCGCCAUCAUGGGUCGCAUGCACGCUCCCGGGAAGGGCCUGUCCCAGUCGGCGCUGCCCUACCGCCGCAGCGUCCCCACCUGGCUGAAGCUGACUUCUGACGACGUCAAGGAGCAGAUCUACAAACUGGCCAAGAAGGGUCUCACGCCCUCCCAGAUCGGUGUGAUCCUGCGGGACUCCCAUGGUGUCGCCCAAGUGCGCUUUGUGACGGGCAAUAAGAUCCUGAGAAUCCUGAAGUCCAAGGGACUUGCACCUGACCUGCCUGAGGACCUCUACCAUCUAAUUAAGAAAGCUGUUGCCGUCAGGAAGCAUCUGGAGAGGAACAGAAAGGAUAAGGAUGCCAAAUUUCGUCUGAUUCUGAUUGAGAGCCGUAUUCACCGGUUAGCUCGCUAUUACAAGACCAAACGAGUCCUCCCUCCCAACUGGAAAUAUGAAUCAUCCACAGCCUCCGCCUUGGUUGCUUAACUGUGCACCCAAACAAUAAAAGCCUUUAACUAGAA